GAGAAGACAGUUGGGAGGCGUUUUUGAAUACUGUCGACAGCUUCAAGGAGUUCGAAAUAUAUAUAGCGGGCACUACUUAAACAGUAGUAGAAGUCUCCAUCCUCAACUAGGGUUUCUCCAUCUUCCACUCUCAUAACUGCUUUUUCCUUGCACAAAGAGACACACACAAAGGCUGACAUAAACAGGGAAGAGUAGUUGAAGAAGAUGGGAAGGCCACGGUGUUAUUUGGACAUAAGCAUAGGAGGAGAGCUCGAAGGAAGAAUUGUUGUCGAGCUUUACAAUGAUGUCGUACCUAAAACUGCUGAGAAUUUUAGGGCUCUUUGUACUGGUGAAAAGGGUAUUGGUCCUAACACUGGUGUCCCCCUCCAUUACAAGGGAGUCCGUUUUCAUCGUGUGAUUAAGAGCUUCAUGGUACAAGGUGGUGAUAUUUCUGCUGGUGAUGGUACUGGGGGAGAAUCUAUCUAUGGGCUAAAAUUUGAAGAUGAAAAUUUUGAAUUGAAGCAUGAAAGAAAAGGAAUGUUAUCUAUGGCUAAUGCUGGGGCUAACACCAAUGGAUCUCAGUUUUUCAUCACAACUACUCGAACUUCCCAUCUGGAUGGAAAACAUGUGGUUUUUGGGAAAGUAAUCAAAGGAAUGGGGGUUGUUCGUUCUAUGGAACAUGUGACUACUGGUGAUAAUGAUUUCCCAAUGGUAGAUGUCAGUAUAGCGGAUUGCGGAGAAAUUCCUGAGGGGGCUGAUGAUGGUAUUGCAAAUUUUUUCAAAGACGGAGAUCUAUAUCCUGAUUGGCCUGCUGAUCUUGACAACAAUACUGAUGAUAUCUCUUGGUGGGUCACCGCCCUUGAGGCUAUUAAGGCAUUUGGUAAUGAAAAUUUUAAGAAACAAGAUUACAAGAUGGCUCUUAGGAAGUAUCGAAAAGCUUUGCGCUAUUUGGAUAUCUGCUGGGAGAAAGAAGAGAUAGAUGAAGACAGGAGCGCAUAUUUGAGAAAGAUGAAAUCACAGAUAUUUACCAACAGUUCGGCUUGUAAACUAAAACUGGGAGAUCUGAAGGGAGCACUCCUAGAUGCUGACUUUGCAAUGAGGGAUGGAGAAAACAAUGCGAAAGCUCUAUUUCGUCAGGGGCAGGCUCACAUGGCUCUUAAUGACAUAGAUGCUGCAGUUGAAAGUUUUAUGAAAGCAUUGGAGCUGGAGCCAAACGAUGGAGGAAUAAAAAAUCAGCUUGCUGCUGCUAAAAAGAAGAUUGCUGAUAGACGUGAUAAGGAGAAAAAAGCGUACGCCAGGAUGUUCCAAAAAUAGUUGGGGUACUCGUUAUCGGAUUUGGAACCAGCACGUGCAAUUAAUACGUAUCAAUUGCAAUCAUUCUGGGAGUUGCUUAUGCUUUUCUGAAACAGGAUAGUUUAUGCCCUUGUUUAGAUACAUUGGUCCUGAUCUAUGCACUGAACUGAUUUUCUAUGAACUGCUCAGGCUAUUCUUGGUUACCUUCACCAAUUAGCGGAAGGGGUUUUGUGGUGUCAAUGCACCUUCGCUUGUCAAUUACUGUAGCUGUUAAUAAGCUACAUUGGAGGAAAAAAAUAAUUAUGAGCAUCACCUAUCCAAUCUCUGUUGUCAUAUAUUUCCCUAACAUAAGAUGAGGUAAUUGGUAUGUAACUUAACUGCAAAUGGUGAUUUGCUUUUUCGACUGUUGAAAAUCUCGGCUCACAAUACAUAAUGGUAUGUUAUCUCUACUA